CAACAAUAGAACAAGUUUUCUUCCAUAGUUCUACCAUAGAUUAAUACCAUCCAUGACAGUGUCAUAGAACAACUCUAGUAUUCUUUCAUGAUAGUGCUCUCAGGUCAGAGCGCUUCGUAUUCUUAGACACUAGGAUCUUGGAAAGAUCACCGAAGAGAAAUGAAUAAAACGCACCCUCAUCGCUAAAAGCGGUUAAAACGAAUUACUUCUGUGUGUGUUGUGAGCUAAAAUGUCUCUCGGUGGAGUUACUCGUGUUUCAAUAAAUGCUCUUAAGCCUGGAUUAACUGAUAAUUUAAUUGUCGGAGUUAUUAUUGGGAGGCAGACACCAAGAAAAAUAAAAAAAGAAGGUUUGGAUGGUCAGAGGGCAGUGUGGGAUAUAACAUUGAGAGACUCACUUGAAGAUUUCAUUAAUGUUACCUUUUGGGGUUCCCUUCCUCAUCUCAAUGGUCUGGCUGAUUUGUUUCACGUAGGUGAUGUUGUUGAUAUCAUUAAUGCUAAGAUUUCAGUGCGAACGACCACUGACAAUUUUAGACCGUUUGUAUCAAGUCCUUUUCAGCUUACAAUGUCAGAUAGCAAUGGUAAAAUAAUUCAUCAUGAAGGAGAUGAUUGUGCUACUUUUUUUGAAUUAAAAAACUAUCCAACGAAACCCAUCACUAAUAUUUUUACAAUAGCAGAUAUUCACAGUAAAGGUGCGCACAUAGGGAAUGAGACUGUCGAUCUUUUAGUGGCUGUUCGAAGUGUUGACCCAAUGCGCACAAUAACAACUAAAGAUGGUCGUAAAAUGAUCAAUCGUGUUGUCAUAGUAAUGGACUAUACUAGUGAUGAAUUGCCAUUACAAAUCUGGAACUCUGAUAUUGUCCAACUGGCAGAUAGUUGGAAACCUCGAGACACAGAUUUUUUAUUGGAUCUAGCUGCAAGUGUACGCCAAGUUAUGACCAUACAACAAGUUUUGGAUCGUUGUAAGUUCAGCAGUGAAGAUGGAUCUAGUGGAGAUGAUUCACAAUUCACUGCUCUUAUAUAUUGCUUGAUUACACACAUGGAUCUUGACGGUUCUACCCCAAUGGUUGUAACUAAAUGUAACAGUUGUGAACUUCCAGUUGAAAAUGAAUUAUGCAUGAAUUCAGAAUGUCGUGUUGGAAAUGGUUCUUUUAGAGGAUCUAUUGAAACAUCAUUUGAUCUGCGAGUCUCUCUUACAGACCAUACAGGAUCCUUGGAGUUUUGUCGACUCAAUGGUUUGAGUGCUGAGAGAGUCUUGAAAUGCACGGCAAAACAAUUUUCAUCAAUGUCUCUUGAAAAUAAAACUCAACUUAAGUGGACAUUAUUAUUGGAGAGAUGUGCAGCUCGAAUUCUAAUUCUGCGACCCUCAAUUUGUAACCCACGUCCAUCUAUCUGUCUACUAUCAUGUUGUGUAUCUGAUCCUACAGAAGCAGCUGCUCGUAUUCCUUUAUCCUGAAUUAACAAAAUACUUGUUUUUGCUAAAAACCUUUAUUGUUUGGGAGAGGGUUCUUAAAAAAUGUUUUGUAGACACAUAUGCAUUAUAUAUAUCAAAUAACAAUCUAUUUAAUAUCAGAAGAAAUUUUGUUUGUCCAUAAUUAUAAUAAUAUUAAUAAUUAAUUUAAAAAAAGCAAAUUAUCUAGUUUGUACUAGGAAAUUCUCUUUAUUUAAUGAAAUUUAUGUUGAUUUUAGUGACUUCUUUA